CCAUAGUUGCUUUGCUACUAUAUAUACAUUCCUUAUAGCUAGCUACCUCACCCUUAAGCAACAAAAAAAAAAUCAAAUAACCAAAACAUAUUAUAGAUUUUGUAAUGACAAACCUCAACCUCAAACACUUACUCACAUUAGCAUUAAUUCUCUUAACCAUAGCCACCAAAGGCACCACAUGCACAUCAUCAACCACACGUGUGAAAGGCAUAUACUGGUUAGAAAACCCAAUUUUCCCUCCAUCAUCAAUAGACACAAAACUCUUCACACACAUUUUCUAUGCUUUCGUAAUACCAAACAACCUCACAUACAAACUAGAAGAACCAAACGGUUCAACUACUAUAGCCAAAUCACUCACUAUUUUCACCAACACUUUCAAAACCAAAAACCCACCAAUCAAAACCCUCCUUUCAAUUGGAGGUGCAGGUAGCAAUUCCACAUUAUUCUCUUUCAUUGCUUCAAACCCCACCGCACGCGCCACCUUCAUCAACUCCACAAUCGAAGUCGCUCGAACGUUUGGAUUCGAUGGAAUCGAUUUCGAUUGGGAGUUUCCUCAAACCACAAACGAAAUGAACAAUCUCGGUGAAUUGUUCUUCCAAUGGCGAAAUGCAAUUUCCGCCGAAUCUGUAACCACCAGUCGGCCACCGCUUCUUCUCACCGCCGCCGUUUACUUCGCCGCGGAAUUUUUCCUCUCCGGUGAACCGCGUGCGUAUCCAGUUCAAUCCAUUAACGAGAAUUUGGAUUGGGUUAAUGUUAUGAGUUACGAUCUUCACGGGUCGUUUAAUAAUAAAACCGGAGCUCCAGCUGGAAUGUUUGACCCGAAAACUAACAUUAGUGUUGUAAGUGGGUUAUUUUCAUGGAUUCGGAGAGGGGCUAUGCCCGAAAAAUUGGUUAUGGGUAUGCCACUUUACGCGAAGACGUGGACGCUUCAAGAUCCGAAUUUGCAUGGAAUCGGUGACCCGAGUGUUGGGUCGGGUCCUGGGAUGGAUGGUGCAAUGGCGUAUUUUCAAGUGUUGGAUUUUAAUAAACAACCCGGUGCUAAAGUGGUGCAUGAUGUUAAUACGGGUUCGGUUUAUUCGUAUAAUGGGAAUACUUGGAUCGGGUAUGAUGACCCAUUUACGGUUUCUAUUAAGACUGGGUUUGCUCAAGCUAUUAAUCUUCGUGGAUAUUUCUUUUGGGUUGCGGGUUUGGAUACUAGUGAUUGGAAAAUUUCAAGUCAAGCUUCGAAAGUCUGGAAGCUUAUGUGAUUUAAAUAUCGACCACUUAUAUUCAAAUGUGUGAAUGUCGGGAACUUCCUGACUACAGGGAAGUCGAAUCGAUUACUGACUUGGUUACUUUGUCAAUCUUUUAUUAUGUAUGUAGGGGAAGUUUGGAUUUAUAUUGAAUGUCAACAAUUAAAUAAAUGAAUAGACAAUGCACAAGUAGAUGGCUUAGUAAAAAAAAAUACAUGGCAUUAAGAAAUUACAUGAAUGGGAAAUUUUUCAACUUUUCUGUGGAUAAUUCUUCCAUUUUACUCAAUUAAUAAGUUAUGGUUAUUGUUUAU